GUUGGCUUGUGCAUUCAUCUUCUUGUUGGCGAUGGGAGAGGUCUCCGCCGCGCGAGAGAAGUUUACAACAGCGCAUGCAGUGAAGAUCGUCGGAACUGCCAGGGAGGAGUCCUCUGCUCAACAUCAACAGCAAAAGUUGGUCACGGAUGCUGGAAGCUUCUCUAUCUCGACCAUGUGGGCCUCGGGGAAGCAGAGCUCCUUGCAAUGGCUUUCUGCUAAUGUGACCUUCCACAUACAUGGAUACAAGGAGGAGGAGUCGCCUCCAUACAUCGAGAUCGAUGGCCUGGACACGAGGUACCGCAUCUUGCCGGAUGCCGUGGUGGCGACCGAGAAGAUCAACGGCAUGCAAACCAUGUGGAUCGUGGGGUGGCAGGAUGAGGUGGACUUUCACGAAAGGAAGUCCUAUGAUGCCAAGAUGGAGCUGCAGGUGCCCGGCGAAGCGCCGAAGCCCUUGACGCGUCCCGAUCGCGAGCUCAUGGCGUUGGUAGAUGGCAUGCUCGGCGAGGUCUCCUGUAUGGGCAAGCCAAGUACCUGCGCCUUCCGUUGCUUCUACGACUCGGAGAACGAUGUUUGUGGCCCUUCGCACUUCUGUGAGAAGGUGGGCUCCGGCCCCGCGGACAACCUGGCACCUUUCGGUGCUGAACAGAAGUGCAAGGCGCUGGGUGCAGCAGAUCAUGAGGCUGCAGAUCUGGAGAUUGCGAAGAAGCUGGAGGAUAUGAAGAGAGAGAUGUUGGACCUUGCAGAGAAGAUGGAACAGAGCCCAGCGAUUUCGGAAGAGAGUUCGAGCCGAUCUUCCUUGAAGGCAUCUGCGGCGAUGUUUCAGGAAGUCACCCAGAUGCUCGAUGUGGUGGAAGCCUUCCCGAUGAGACUUGCCCCCGAGGCGGGCGACUUCACUAGAGCUGCGGCACGCGCAGCGAAAACAGACAUGAAGCACUGGCGCGGCCGCCCGGACCGGUUGACCAUUCCACAGUACAAGAAGGCAGGCCAGGCCAGCAUCGCGGACGUGCGCGACUCUCAGGACUUCUCCGUGCCGGCAAAGCUGCACAGCACCUUGGUGGACUAUGUCAAGAAGCGCCCCAAUAUGCUUAUCCAGUUCCUCAAGCAAGAGACCCAUGAUAAGUGCAGCCUCAGUGCCGCGGAUGACCGGCGAGCACAGCUGGAGACCUUCGCGGACUACUUUCUGAGUGUGCCUGGCCACAACCUCAAUGACCUGAAGGACGUCUCCCAAGGGAUCCCAACACCCUGUCGGGAUUUUCUCCUCAAUGAAGGAGAAACGGAUAUCCAGAGCCUGAUUCAGUCGGCUGAAGAAGGGAAGCAGUUGUUGUCCAACUCGACGAGUGCAGGCGCUGACGGCUUCAUUCAGGUGAAGUCGGACCGUUUGGCUCGUGCCCUAGGCUCG